ACGCCAUCUCCCUGUCUUCAAAUGCGCUGCUGGCCCUUUAAACCCUCACCAUUAUAAUUCCUGGAGCGAGCAGCUGGUCAUAAAAAAGAACGAGAAAGAAAGGGAAAAGCACAUAGUCUCUUCAAAACACAAACCCAGACACAUAGACAUGCUUGCGCUCUCACCUACUCUCGCUGACAUCUGAAGAGGGGAGGGGGACACUGUGGAGGAUUUUCCAGCCAACAGAAGUGAGCAGGGAGGAAGCCAGAAGAAGUUUCCUCACAGACAGGCUUGGAUCACUCUGCAAGACAAUGCAAUCCUGUCGACUUUUACCUGCUCCUCUUUGGAUUUGGUAAUUCUGUAGAGUGUAAGUUCUUCAAACGAACUGAGAGAGAGAGAGAGAGUCUGAGCAAGAGAAUGCUCCUUCAGGUCAUAAGGAUUUUAUACGUCUUGUCUUUUUUCUUUUUCCAAGGGGGCUUUAUCAGACUGGGCUCCUGUAAAGAGGAGAUAAAGUCCUCCAGCAGGCCAGGCCCGAAGCCUAUGUCCCCAUCGGACUUUCUGGACAAGCUGAUGGGAAGAACCUCCGGCUAUGACGCUCGCAUCAGACCCAACUUCAAAGGACCACCAGUAAAUGUCACCUGUAAUAUUUUCAUCAACAGCUUUGGAUCCAUUACUGAGACAACUAUGGAUUACAGGCUUAAUGUCUUUCUACGCCAGCAGUGGAAUGACCCUCGACUUGCGUAUAGUGAAUAUCCUGAUGCAUCUCUAGACCUGGACCCUUCUAUGUUGGACUCCAUAUGGAAACCCGACUUGUUCUUUGCUAAUGAGAAAGGUGCCAACUUCCAUGAAGUCACAACAGACAACAAGCUGCUGAGGAUAUUUCAGAAUGGGAAUGUGCUUUACAGCAUUAGGCUAACACUCAUCCUGUCUUGUCCCAUGGACUUGAAGAAUUUCCCAAUGGACAUUCAGACUUGUACCAUGCAGCUAGAAAGCUUUGGUUACACCAUGAACGAUCUGAUCUUCGAGUGGCUUUCUGAAAGCCCAGUGCAGGUGGCGGAUGAUUUGACUCUUCCUCAGUUUUUACUAAAGGAGGAAAAAGAUCUCGGCUACUGCACUAAGCAUUACAACACAGGUAAAUUUACCUGUAUUGAGGUGAAGUUUCAUUUAGAGAGACAGAUGGGCUACUAUCUUAUUCAGAUGUACAUCCCCAGCCUGCUGAUUGUCAUUCUAUCUUGGGUGUCUUUCUGGAUCAACAUGGAUGCUGCCCCUGCCCGCGUUGGCUUGGGUAUCACCACUGUGCUGACCAUGACUACCCAGAGCUCCGGCUCACGAGCCUCUCUACCCAAGGUGUCCUACGUGAAGGCCAUUGACAUCUGGAUGGCCGUUUGUCUGCUGUUCGUGUUUGCUGCAUUGUUGGAGUACGCAGCAGUCAACUUCGUCUCAAGGCAACACAAAGAAUUCAUCAGGCUGCGCAAGAAACAGCGAAGGCAGAGAAUAGAGGAAGAAAUUGUUCGAGAAAGCCGUGGCUUUUACUUCCGUGGGUACGGACUGGGCCAUUGCUUACAAGCUAAAGAUGGGACAACUGUGGAGGCAUCUACAGUGUUCGCCCCACCACCCCCAGUUCAAGUGCUGUACGACGGAGAGGCCAUCCGGAAGCGGUUUGUGGACCGAGCCAAGCGAAUCGACACCAUAUCCAGAGCUGUAUUUCCUCUCAGCUUCCUUAUAUUCAACGUCUUCUACUGGAUCACCUACAAAGUGCUGCGACACGAGGACAUCCAUGCCAACCUGUAAUAGCUCCUGGUUAUGCCACUUGUUCAUAUUACAGCUGCUUUUCUUUCCUCAUAUCUCCUAAUUUUAAACAAAACCGCCUGUCAUACUCACACUAGAAGUGUAUUUUAAAGGCAUAUUCACUCCAGAAAUGCCAUCAGUGCUAAAACCAUGUGCUCAGGUGUGACUUCUGGAAUUUAAAGUGCCCACUUAGAGCGAAAGGGGCUCAUAGAUGCAAAUGCUGCUGUUGAGGACUUGGCUCUCCUCUCUUUCACAUCUUCAUUCGAGUUGAUUGCACUAAUAGCCAGUGCUAUUGCCCUUAUUUUGUAGGCUCCAUUUGUUAUUGGCUGAAAGAUUCUGGGUUGGAAAGAAAAUGUUCACUUGAAUUUUACCACAAGGCGCAUCCUUGAACGAAUGUUUUUGAAAACCUCAAAACAAAUGUUUUUUACAUCUUAAAAUGCCAAACUAAUGGGCAGUAAAGGGGAGGAUUGGGAUUUAUUAUCCAUGGGUACAGUUACAGGGGAAUGGUGUACUGUUUUACUAAAUAAUGAGAUUAUAAAUAUGACUGUAUAAAGUGUAUAUAUACAGAGUUGUUCACAGACUGCAGACAGCACAAAUGUGUAUUCCUUUUUGUCUUUUGAAUUUGAAUAAAUGGAUAUUCUACCAGGA